UAUGUGCUUCCUUGCUUGGAAAGGAUUGAUUUCCGCCGCCUUUCUUCGGGGGUGGAUUUCACUCCAUUGGAGCCAACCUUUUUCUUUAUUGGCUCAUCAAACCUCGCAGGAAGUAUCGAACGUGCCAGCCAACGUGUUGGGUGCUGCUUCAUCACUUCCGUACCGCCUCCAUGCCAUUUUCAGUUCUUUCUACCCUUUUCUUCCUUCAAUCGUUUCGACACUAUCACGAUCAUGGAAAUUAACUGUUGAUGUCAGACUGCCAAGAAGGACGGACCAUCUGCACAGCCGAAUGGAGACGACGGAGGGCGAGCGGCGGUUUGUUGGGGCCGGCGUGCGAUUUGUCAUCGGCGUGGACGAGGCGGGUCGCGGCUGCAUGGCAGGGCCGGUGGGUGUUGCUGCUUCCUUGUAUCGCAUCUCUGUCUCCCCCGUGCAGUACACCGUCCGGGACAGUAAGAAAAUGGUGGCGGCCGCGCGAGAAGAAGCGUUGGAUGUCAUGUGCGAAGAGUUAGGGCGGGAGGGCAGCAGCGACUUCUUGGCGCAGGUGAUGGCUGACGGCACGUGCUGCUGGGCGCGCUAUCAACGUACGCAGUCUCUACAAGCUGUUGCGGCGAGGCUUGUGGAUGUGGCGGUGAUCAACGAGCGCAACGUGCUCAACGCAACACUGGAAGGGAUGGCUGCUGUGUGCAACACCAUCGUGCAGACGUACAACCGCACCGCACCACAUCCCAUAACACCCUUGAACUGCGCCAUCCUCAUCGAUGGCAAUCGCACUCCUUGGACUUUCUUGUUAGAGGAGCAGCGCCAAGUGAUCACGAAGAAGGCGGUUCGCAAAGAGGACUUCCGCAAAAGAAUUGGAGUCAUGCACGCCGCACUGGAAGGAUUCCGCUGUACGACGGUGGUUAAAGGGGACGACACGCUGCUGUCCAUUGCAGCUGCCUCCAUCGUAGCAAAGGUUUCACGCGACACGUACGCAGUGCAUGUCAUGCAUCGUCUACACUCACACUACGGCUUUGAUCGGCACAAAGGCUACUGCACCGCGGAGCACACACGAGAGGUGGUUUUGCGCGGCCCCUGCCCUUUUCAUCGUCUUGACUACGCUCCUGUCAAGAGAGCACGCGACGCUUGA